AACAUGCUGAGGUGGGCCAGCCUGAUGGUGUUGGCUGCCCUGGGCACAGCAGGCAGCAAGACCACCAACCCUGGCAUCGUGGCCAGGAUCACUCAGAAAGGACUAGACUAUGCCUGCCAGCAGGGAGUGGCUGCACUGCAGAAGGAGUUGAAGAAGAUCAAGAUUCCUGACUUCAUGGGGAACUUUAAGAUCAAGUACCUUGGGAAAGGAACUUAUAGUUUCCACAACAUGGUUAUCCAAGGAUUCCAACUUCCUGGACCCCAGAUAAAACUACUGCCUAGUGAGGGCCUUAAUUUUGCCAUCAGAAAUGCCAAUAUCAAGAUCAGUGGGAAAUGGAAAGCAAAAAAGAACAUCAUCAAAGCCAGCGGCAAGUUUGACCUGAACGUGAGGGGCCUCUCCAUUUCAUCUGAUUUGAAACUGAGCAGUAACCCCGGCACAGGCCGCUCCAUCAUCUCCUACAGCAGCUGCAGCACCCACAUAGACAAAGUGCACAUACAUAUCUCCGGGAGCAGUAUUGGGUGGCUGAUUCAAAUCUUCCACAAAAAAAUUGAGUCUUCACUCCGAAACACCAUGAGCAGCAAGAUCUGCAAGGUAGUGAGAAGCUCUGUGACCUCCAGAUUGCAACCUUACUUCCAAACAUUGCCAGUGAUAGCCAGAGUAGACAACGUGGCUUGGAUCGACUACUCACUCGUGGCACCUCCAAUUGUCACAGCCCAGAACUUGGAUGGGCACCUGAAGGGAGAGUUCUUCCAGCUGAUGUACCCCAGAACCCUUCACUUUGACCCACCAGCGCUGAGCUUCCCUACCAGCCAUGACCGCAUGAUGUACCUGGGCAUCUCCAGCUACUUCUUCAACACAGCCAGCUUUGUGUACCAUCAGGCCGGAGUCCUGAACCUGACCCUCAGGGAUAACAUGAUUUCAAAGCAAUCCAGGUUCCACCUGACAACUGCAUUCUUUGGAACCCUCCUUCCCCAGGUGGCCAAAACAUUUCCCUACAUGAAGAUGCAGCUCCUCAUUGGGACGUCCUCCCCGCCAAGUUUCACCUUGCGCUCAGCUGGCCUUUUCUGCAGUGCUGCCCUGGAGGCCCAAGCUGUGGCCAUCCUCCCCAACUCCUCCUUGGCCCCCCUCUUCCUGCUUGGCAUGAGCAUGAACAUAUCGGUGGAGGUGGGCAUCAAGUCCAGAAGCCUGAUUGGACAGCUCAAGGUGGAUAAGCUGCUCCUGCAACUGAAACACUCUGACAUCGGCCCCUUCUCGGCUGGGCUGCUGCAGGACUUCAUGGACUCGGUUGUGCACUCGGUCAUGCUUCCCAAGGUCAAUGAGAGGCUACUGGAGGGCUUCCCUCUCCCACUGCCCCGCCGAGUCCAGUUCUUCAACCCAGUGAUUCAGCCUCACCAGGAUGAGGAGACAACAUAA